GGCAGUGUGACGGGUGAGUGCCGGAAGUGUUGUCACUGGCGCUCGGCCUCCCGCCCUCCUUCGGCUCCACUUCGAGGCCGCACUCGAGCCUCGGGGGCCCAGCGAGAUGGAGAGCCCAUGCGUUGGCAGCGCCUCGCCGGCUUCUGCGGCCCGGGCGCUGGGCACCUUGCGGAGGCAAGGCACGGUCCUGGCCUGCCCCAGGACGCGCAACAAGCAGGUAGAGGAGACGAAGGCGAGGAAACGAGUCCUCGACGAAGAAGAAUACAUUGAGGGCUUGCAGACAGUGAUCCAGCGGGACUUCUUUCCCGAUGUGGAGAAACUCCAAGCCCAGAAGGAAUACUUGGAGGCCGAGGAGAGCGGGGAUCUAGAGAGGAUGCGGCAGAUAGCCAUCAAGUUUGGCCCCUCCUUGGGCAAAUUAUCCAGAGACACCCCUCUGCCCUAUGUGACCCCAGCUACAUUUGAGACUCCUGAGGUUCACCCAGGUAUUACCUCCUUAGCAACUAAGCCCAGACUUCGUGCCAAAGGUCCUGAGGAAGGGUCAGGAGAAGCAGAGGAAGAGGAAGAUAAAGAACCCCUCCCUAGUCUCGAUGCUUUCCUGACCAAGUAUACCAGUGAGGAUAAUGCCUCGUUCCAGGAGAUCAUGGAAGUGGCCAAGGAGAAGGAGCGAGCUAGGCAUGCCUGGCUCUAUGAGGCAGAGGAUGAAUUCGAAAAGAGGCAGCAGGAUAACCUGGCCCUCCCAUCUACUGAGCAGCAGGCCCUGCAGAGCAGCCAGGCUGGGGUGGAGACUUGGAAGUACAAGGCCAAGAAUUCCCUUAUGUACUACCCAGAAGGUGUCCCUGACAAGGAGGAUGUGUUUAAGAAGCCCCGGCAGGUGCUGCAUAGAAACACUCGAUUUCUCCGGGACCCUUUCAGCCAGGCUCUGAGCAAGUCCCAGCUCCAGCAGGCAGCUGCCCUUAAUGCCCAGUACAAACAAGGGAAAGUCGGACCUGAUGGUAAGGAGCUGAUCCCUCAGGAGUCCCCCAAGGUCAAUGGGUAUGGAUUUGUCGCCACCCCUUCUCCGGCCCCUGGGGUGAAUGAAUCUCCCAUGAUGACGUGGGGUGAGGUUGAAAGUACCCCUUUGCGAAUUGAUGGGUCAGAAACCCCAUAUGUGGACAGAACUCCGGGACCAGCCUUCAAGAUCCUGGAGCCUGGACGCCGAGAGAGGUUAGGUCUCAAGAUGGCCACAGAGGCGGCUGCCAAGAACCGAGCCAAGAAGCAGGAGGCCCUAAGAAGAGUUACGGAGAACCUGGCCAGCCUCACCCCAAAAGGCCUGAGUCCUGCUAUGUCCCCGGCCCUGCAGCGCCUUGUUAACAGGACCACCAGCAAAUAUACUGAUAAGGCCCUCCGGGCCAGUUACACACCCUCGCCAGUCCACCCUGGCUACAAGACACCUGCAGGUGGCCCUCCAACUCCCACGGGCACGCCUACCCCUGGCACCGCCACGAGGACUCCCCUUACCCAGGACCCUGCUUCCAUCACCGAUAACCUCUUGCAACUCCCCAAGAGACGGAAAGCGUCAGAUUUCUUCUGAGGAUCCUACACCAGGGCCACUAGGCCACCCGCCCUGGACAGAGCAGCCUUUCCUGGCUGUGGGAGCUGUGGGGCAACUCUGUCUGUCCGACUUCCUUGAUUGCCCACCCGUGGCUGCAGGACACUUUGUCAGGUGGGGUGGACGCUGCUCUAAGUCGGGCACUUGUUGAUAGUUUUUUAUAUGCAAGCUCAGACCACAAUCGUCAUUAAAAGUACAAGCUAAACCAGCGUGGGCCUCCCAUCCCUAUUUGGCUGCACGGCCCCAUCCCUCCUUGGGAGAAGCCACAUAGUGGGCCCAGGGCAAGGAGGUCCUGGCUGGGAACUGGGGGACCCUGAGCAGAUCUCUCAGGCUCACUUCCCUUCUCCAUAAAAUUGGGGAUAGCAGUCCUUUCCUGUCUCCCCCAUGGGUACUUUUGUGGAGAGCACACUGGGACGAAUUGCUGUUGGCAUGGUUAUCUGGGUGAUGACAAGCCCAAGGUCCUAGGUUCUGGGCCUCCCCUGGGGAUUUGGAGAAGGGGCAUCUUUGAGCCUGCUGCCCUGGGGUGGUAGAUGAAGUAAGGUCUGGAGAGGGGAGCCAAGGUCACCCAGGGGCUUGGUGGCAGAUUAGGAUUAGUCUGUGUCUUGUGACUCCUUAGUGAGCCUUCUCACUAGAUGGCGGUUUUUGAAAGGCCUUUUAGCUCUCUGUUCUACAGUGCUAGGACUGGCAGCCCCCAGAGUCAGGCCUGAAUCCUGGUCUAAGCCCAUUUCUGUAGAUUCUUUUUGUUCUGGGGGUGGAGAGUCAGGGCCAACAGCCUCCUCAAACUAACUCCGGGAAGCCUGGCAUCUUGCCUGGGGGAGUUGGGGAAGAGAUCCGAUCCAGCUGCAUGAUCUUAGUUGGUGUGUUUGAGACCUGGGAUGAGGGAAAGGUUAGUGUGGUACAAGGCCUCCGACGCAAACUUGGCUUAUUGCGAUUUCACUGUCUUUGGGACAGGUCACAGCACAUUUGUGCCUGAGCCUGUCCAGAGAGACUAAGACCUCAUCCUCGGGCCACAGAGGGUUCAGUUAGAGGAGCUGGGAAAGAGAAGGCUUGGAGGAGGCCUGCCUGCUGAUGGGAUGGGGAGAGCAGGAGUCUUCACUGUGGGAGGGCAGAUAGUCAUGGCCUGAAUUAUUCCCAAGGGAAUGGGGGCUCCAAGCAGGGGCCCUGCAGAGGGCUUGUCUUGGCAUUUGGAGGCCUUUGGGCUUUUCUAGAGGUGCCUUUAGCUACCACAAAGGACUCAGUGAUAAAUGUGGCCUUGCAGAGCAACUGAGAGGUCUCUCUGACCAAGCAGCUCCUUCACAGUCUUGUUCCCAUUCUGUAUUGGAAUGUAAGUUGUACCAGCCCAAGUGUGGCACUUGACUAUUAAAUUCCAUCUUAGCCUGUUGA